AUGGCUUCGACCAGCUCAACAAGUCUCCCAGGCGUCGCCUUCGUCCAUUUCCCAGACGCUCAGUACACUCAGCGUGCCGCCCUCCGUGCCGCUCAAGCUGCACUGGAGCCGCAAGGAUGGCGAGUCGUGUCGCCUCAAGACGAGGAAGACGGUGACGCUUUGCGUACGGCGCCCAAGACGGAGGAAGAGGCCUCUGCGUGGAUUGACCGAGUGAUGGCAGGGCAACUCAAGACACACGAUCACGUGAAGCGUAUUGCCCUCUUCAUGGAUUACGAUCUGAUCCCCUGGGACUUGGUGCAAGGGCGCGGCUACAUUGCUGCCUCCUCUACCUCUACCGCUUCCGAACCCUCUUUGACCUGCGUACCCGUCUCAUCAAGCUCCUACUGCAUCCGCAAAUCCCUCAUCCGCAAAAACUGGCUGCACAACUCCGUCCAUGCCCACUCUGUCAAAUCUUCCGCUUCUCCCUCCCCUCUCACCCUCCUGCCGCGCACAUGGAGUAUUGACCUCCAAUUUGCCGACGAUCUAGACGAGCUGCUCAUCGAUGAGCUCUACGAUCUUGCGGAGCUCUUAGAGCAGGGCCAAGAAGAGAGAAGGAGGUGGUUCAUCUUGAAAGCAGCAAUGGCGGAUCGAGGCAUGGGGAUCAGGAUCUUUAGUAGCUUGGAUGGGUUGAGGAGGAUUCUAGAGGAGUUUGAGGAACAAGAUGAAAGUGAGGACGAAGAGGAGGACGAGGCAGCAAAGUCGUCGUCGUCCUCAUCAGCCGUUGCGCUUGGCCAGCUCAGGCAUUUCGUCAUUCAGGAAUACAUUUCCUCGCCUCUCCUCAUCGCACCACCACCAUCUACGUCGUCUGCAACCCCACCUCUUCGCAAAUUCCACCUUCGCGCCUACGUCAUCUGCGUAGGCGGACUGUCCGUCUACCUCUGCGACGAGAUGUUGGCGCUCUUCGCGCCGAGGAAGUACAGCCUGCCACCGCACGAUGACGACGACGACGAUGCAGAACGGGACACGACUGGAUGUGAUAUCGACACGCGGGUGCAUCUGACGAACACUUGCCUUCACGCCCAAGAAGGAGACGAGGAGACAGGUCAAGGCAACGUGCACCUCCUUUCACGACUUUGUGACGAGGAUGCAAGUUGCGUCUUGCCUCCCACUGCCUCGUGCUCCUCCUCAUCAUCGAGCACCCCACCUCCCCGCCCACUCACCUCUCCCGACCUCGCGCACAUCCGACAGCUCGCUGCCACAACGAUCGGCGCCGUCUUCUCAUCGGCAGCUCGCGGCGCAGGUGCAACAGGGUGGCAGUGCUGGGAUCAAGCGUGGGAGGUGUUCGGCGUCGAUCUGCUCGUUGGGCGAGACGUAGAGGCCGCCGAGGGUAGUGACGCAUGGAGGAUGUGGCUGCUGGAGGUCAAUGCUCAGCCAGACUUUGCUCAGAGUGGGGAGGAAUUGCAGAGCGUCGUGGAGAAGGCGUUGAAGCGGGCUGUUGAGGUGGGAGUGUUGCGACGCGAGGACGAGGGCUGGAAAGUUGGGCAGUCGCGCGACGGGAUCACUCUAUGUCACUCGGAGAAGAUGAGAGGUGCAUGGUAA